AUGUCGGUGAGCACGCAUCCGUUCGGGAACGUGCAGAGUCGAGAUGUGAUCGGUGCAUUAAACAAGGGUCGCACGAAGCGACUUCAUCGCAAGUCUCGUUCAGGAUGCAUCGUUUGCAAACGACGACGAAUCAAGUGCGAUGAGACGAAACCUUCGUGCCUUGGUUGUCAGAAGAAGGCUCUAGCGUGUGUAUACGGCAACGAGGACAGAGCUCAGACUGCCAUAAGCGGAGUGCUCCAGCUCCCGUCGCCCACAGGCUCUGCGGGAAGUACAUCUUCGAACGCAGUGGAGCAGCAUUGUUGGGAGCAUCCUUCUCCAACAUCGAGCCCGGCCGAGCCAGUGUUUGAGGUAUCAGAACUUGCAAGUGUGUACUUUGAGCACGUUGCGCCUUCGUUCUUAAGCAGUAGCACUCGGCCCGAGCAGACCUGGAUCUGGCAUGUGUUCAUCCCCUCGCAGGCGUAUUCGUCGACGACUGUAUGCCAUGGAAUGCUUGCUGCUGCAGCCAUGUACCUCUGCUUGACCGGUCCACGGGAAGAAUCCGCAACGUAUCUCGAGGCUGCGACCCAGCAUGGUAGUCAGUUCGUCGAGGGCAGUAUGUCACAGCUCCAAGACUUGCAGGCAGCUCGGGCCCACGAGCAUCUCGCAUGUACGCGACUGCUGUGCGUCCUCGGGUUGGCAUUCUAUCGACAGCGAAGAGAGGGAAGCGGUGUAGAUCGUAUCGAGUGGACGUGGUUGCAUCUUCUCAAAGGUGUGCCGACAGUCCAUGCCGCGCUCUUGGCCUCUUCUGCAUCUCUCCAUCAAAACCUUCUCGACGAUAUGUUUAUGAAGCCACCGUCUUCACCCGCAAGCGUCCAUCACGACCAAAUGGCAUUGAAGAACACCGGUGGCAGGCACGCACCUUUGCUGGCAUAUGUCGAGAGGACUCGUCAACAGAGAUUCAGUACUCUUCGGUUCGCACUCGAACAAGGAUGGCUGGAUUCAGGUGGCACAUAUCAAGCAGCUCUGGCAGCAGUCAUUGGCAGCUUGAGUGAUAUCACAGACAGCGUUUGCAAUGCGGAUUAUGCAAGUCUCUUCAGACUACUCUUCUCCUGGGCCGCCCAGCUCCCAGACGCUGCCAUCCGACUCUUAGACCAACACCACACAGGCAUGAUGGCCGUUCAUACGCAUUGGCUCAUGCUCUUGAUCCUCAUCGAAGACCAAUGGUGGAUGGGCGAUAUGGGAAGGUCUGGAAUUCGUGCAGCUCUUGCGAUUCUCAAGGAGGCAGAGAACGACCUUGCUCCGGUCGUGAGUUGGGCUCGCGAGGCAUUGGACAUGUAG